CUCAUGGCUGAUUCUCUACCCGCCCCCUCAACACCCCCAUUGAUUCCCUCAUCUACCUUGACAGUAGGUUGGUUCCCAUACUUCCACCCAACAGCCAACGACAUAAACCUCCUGUCUUUCUCUGUGCGCCUGGCUGCACUUUCAGUCGCCAUGCCCUGGUUAGGACCACCACCACGGGGCCGACGCCGUCCCGACAAUGCCCCGACUCCUACAGUCCCGGACACUGGCCCAAGAGCUCCAGAUCCGACCGGUGUCAUGCAAAGGGCCUUCCCCUGGAACCUCGAGCCCGACAACCUGCACCCCGACACCUGCAGGCAGAAACAGAAGGAAUUCGGCCGCAUGAUGGAGAAAUGGAACAGCCGCCUCCGCGCCGAGGUCGAGCUCCAAGCGGCAACUUCGGGGCUCUGGAUGGGCGCCAGCCGCCCGGGCGUCACACUCACCAGCGGAGGCGACAUUCUGAUUUUCUUCUGCCCCGGAGGUCACGCGCCAUGGGUUGGUGAAGAAAACGGGGUCGAGCAUCGGUGUGACCGCUGGGACAGCGACGUCAAGCGUGCCCAGGAGCUGGCCAUGAGCAUCUGGCGCACGCUGUCUGCCGAGGGCCUUGCCAUGUUUCGUGCGUAUCCCGUGCCGUUGCCUGAGGACUGGCCGUACAAACUCGGAGUUGAAGUGUGAGAGGUUGGGUAGGUAGCGGGGUUGAUCUGGAGGGAAAGGAGCGGGUUAAGGUGCGGUGAUUUUGAACGUGUUGGGCAGAGGGCGCGGGUACUGGGUAACAUCAUAGCAAGGGCGUGGAUUGAAUUGUCUUUU